AUGCCAUCCGGCAUCAGCAAGCGCCAGCAGCUACGGAACGAAAAGACCCUGGCGGAGCUGAUCCGCUCCGUUCCUGGCAAUGACCGAUGUGCCGAUUGCGAUGCCUUGACCCCAGGAUGGGCAAGCUGGAAUAUGGGUAUCUUCCUCUGCAUGCGUUGCGCCGCACUACACCGAAAGCUGGGCACACACAUUUCCAAGGUCAAGUCAUUAUCCAUGGACACCUGGUCCGCAGAGCAGGUUGAUAGCAUGAAAUCGCAUGGCAACCUUCUCAUGAACAAGAUCUACAACCCGCGGAACAUUAAGCCCCCAAUCCCGACCGAUAUCGACGAAGCCGAUGCGUGCAUGGAGCGACACAUUCGAGCAAAGUAUCAAUAUCGUUCUCUAGAAGAUGGCAAGCCGAAGCCCCCGAGCCGGGAGGAUUCGAGCUAUUCCACCUCCAGGGCCAGAUCACCAGAAAUAAGGAUCCCCCCGCCGCUGCCACCAAAAUCUGGCAAGUUCUUCAAAUUCGGUCUUCGAAACUCGUCCUCCACCUCCAACCUCCGCCGAUUUGGAAACAAGCCCAAGGUCACAUCGCCAACUUCAGACAGUGGAUCCUGGUCACCACCACCGGCAUUGCCUGCUAGGAGGACAACAGGACUUGGCGCACCUGUCGCCGAUGUGACGACGGCCUCAUUUGAAGCUAAGAUGGCAGCGCUGCGGGAUAUGGGAUUCACCAAUGACCGACGAAAUGAGAUGGUUCUCAAGGGAUUGAACGAGGACUUGGACCGGGCAGUUGAAACAAUGGUCAGGUUGGGCGAGGGAGGCAACCCUACAUCAAGAUCCAGAACUCCUGCUGCGGCGACCGCACGCGCGGUGACCCCGAAGCCCGAGACAUCCAACAAUCCAUUUGACCGCGCCGUGUCGAAUCCAGUUCCCCAGCAAUCGCAACCUCAGACCGCUUCUUAUAAUCCUUUUGACAAACCAACUCUCACGCCAGCCUCUGCGCAACCCUUGGAAUCGUCGUUCCAGAACCUGCAGGUUUCCCAGCCAUUGUUCCCACACUCCACCGGUGGCUACCCAAACCAAAGCUCCAUGCAGCAGCCCAUGUACCAACAGCCCUAUACACCUCCUGUCACGGCAACCUUCUCACAGUCGUCAUAUGUCGCAUCGCCCCAGAAUAUGGAUAGCUACAAUCCUUUUGCCCAGACAGCGCCGCAGCCGCAGAUGCAGCAGCCACAGAACGGCUUAGCCAGCCAGUCAUAUCCAAACCCGAGUGCACAGCAGAACAAUCCGUUCUUCAACCCAGCACAGCAAAACCAACCCAUGCAAUCUCAGCAAAUGAGCCAGCAGGCGCCGGCACUCGCAGCUCCCAACCAGCCUCAACACGCGAACACCAUGCAGGCCAUGUCUUCCUCGUCACCCUUUGGUAACUCGCAAUUCGGAGCCUCGCCUUCUUUCCAAGGACAGCAGCAGCAGCAACAACAACAACAACAACCGCAGCAGCAGAACGCUGGUCUGGGAUCAUACAACCCGUUCCAAUCAGGCCCAGCACCGGCGCAGGGUGCAGGCGGUUACCCCAACCAACAGCAAUCUCACCUGCAGCCUCAGCAGCCGCAGCAACUUAUGCCGCAGCCCACGGGACAGAUGGACAAAAACAGCAUUCUUUCCUUGUAUAAUUUGGGACCCUCCCAAGCUAAUGUUCCUCCUAUUCCUCAACAAUAUCAAGCCCAGGCCCAAGCCCAGGCCCAAGCCCAGCCCCAAUCCUCAAACCCAUACGCCUCUAUGCAACAAAACCAGACAAACUCGCAACAUCAGCUUCAGCCUCAACAACCCGCUGCCAAUGGUCAACCCUCGUCAACCAAUAAUCCAUUUUUCGGCGGCGCUCCUACCGGCAACGGUCUUUCUGCCCAAGCAGGUCUAAAUCCAUACCAACAGCAGCAGCAGCAGCAGCCUUCCUCGGGUACCGGCAGUGGACUCGCCGCUCAGGCAGGAAUAAACCCCUACCAACAGCAGCAGCAGCAACAGCAACAGCAACAACAACAACAGCCACAGCCACAGCAGGGAUUCUCAGGCACUGGUCUCGCAGCCCAAGCAGGAAUAAACCCCUACCAACAACAGCAAAACUCGGGACUAGGAAUCGGUAGCAUGAACGGCCAGCCUGGGGCCGGAGGUUUUGGCACAACCCCAACAAUGGGAGGGAAUCCCUCUCCAUUCCAAAGCGCGGCACCAGCAGGCUCGGCCUUCAACCGAACACACAUGAGCCAGCCAAGUGUGGACGUGAGUGGAUUGCAGAAUGGUCGGCACAGCCCUGAUGCUUUUGCCAGUCUGAGUUCUCGCUAUGGUUGA